CAAGCGUGUGGGAGUGUUUGUUAGUGCAAGUAGGAGGAUUGAAGGCUACUAUUUCCGUGCGGUUAAAUAAGAGUGGUUUGCUGCAGUUAAUGUAGAAUAAACAGAUUGAGCCGUUUCGUUGAUUACCACUUCGCCUUUUCCUCGGCUGGUCAUUCACCUGAUCAGCUAGCUAGCUAGCAGCGAGUCUCAGCAGCUGGUCGCGAUGGCUGCAGUUAUUCUGAGUUUCCCAACUCUGCAGAGUCUGAGAUUUGCACAAAACCUGUCAUGGACCAGAAGAGGCGUGCGGCUCGUUUCCGGGGGGGUUGGAAGGAUAGAGAAGGUGCUGAUUGCCAAUCGAGGGGAGAUUGCGUGUCGUGUGAUGCGCACGGCCAAGAAGAUGGGCGUCCGCUCUGUGGCCGUGUACAGUGAUGCGGACAGAGACUCCAUGCACGUGGCCAUGGCAGAUGAAGCCUACCACAUUGGCCCUGCACCCUCCCAGCAGAGUUACCUCUCAAUGGAGAAAGUUUUGGAAGUAGCCAAAACCUCUGGAUCACAUGCGGUCCAUCCUGGUUAUGGCUUUCUGUCAGAAAGCACAGAGUUUGCGGAGGCGUGUAAACAGGAAGGCAUCAUCUUCAUCGGGCCGCCUUCCUCUGCCAUCCGAGACAUGGGCAUAAAAAGCACAUCCAAAUACAUCAUGGCAGCUGCUGGGGUGCCAAUCAUCGGUGGCUACCAUGGAGAGGACCAAUCAGAUGAGAGGCUGCAAGCAGAGGCGGCCCAGAUUGGAUACCCUGUGAUGAUCAAGGCAGUCCGUGGAGGAGGCGGCAAGGGGAUGCGUAUUGCACGGUCAGACUCAGAGUUCUUGGAGCAGUUGGAGUCGGCGAGACGAGAAGCCAGGAAAUCCUUCAAUGAUGAUGUCAUGCUGGUUGAGAAGUUUGUAGAGGAUCCCAGACAUGUGGAGGUCCAGGUGUUUGGGGACAUGCACGGUAACGCUGUCUAUCUGUUUGAGAGAGACUGCAGCGUCCAGAGGAGACAUCAGAAGAUCAUAGAGGAAGCACCAGGGCCUGAUAUUAGUCCCGAGGUGCGGAGGAAACUUGGAGAGGCAGCCGUUAAAGCAGCCAAGGCUGUUAACUAUGUCGGAGCAGGUACGGUUGAGUUCAUAAUGGACGCCCAGCAUAACUUUUACUUCAUGGAGAUGAACACCAGACUGCAGGUGGAGCAUCCUGUCUCUGAGAUGAUCACUGGAACCGACCUGGUGGAGUGGCAGCUCCGGGUGGCAGCAGGGGAGCGGCUGCCUCUCCUCCAGGAUGACAUUGUUUUCAGUGGACACUCUUUUGAGGCUCGUAUCUAUGCCGAGGACCCGAACAACGACUUCCUUCCGGGGGCGGGGCCUCUGCUGCAUCUCUCCACCCCUUCACCAGACCAGCACACGCGUAUAGAGACUGGAGUCAGGGAAGGGGACGAGGUGUCAGCCCAUUAUGACCCAAUGAUCGCCAAGCUCGUGGUGUGGGGAGAAGACCGAUCUGCUGCCUUAAAGAAGCUGCGGUAUUGCUUACGACAGUACAAUAUCGUUGGACUGAAAACGAACAUUGACUUUUUGCUGAGUCUCUCGAGCCACCCGGAGUUUGAGGCUGGAAACGUGACCACCAGUUUCAUCCCUCAGCACUACGCGGACCUCUUCCCCGCUCCGAUAACUCCUUCUGGGGAAACCGUGUGCCAGGCAGCGCUGGGCCUGCUGCUGCAGGAGCGCAAACACACCCGGGCGUUCACGCAGACCUCCACGGACCCCUUCUCCCCGUUCGGCGGCAGCAGCGGCUGGAGGAGCAACAUUGUGUUUAACAGAAACAUGACGCUACAGCUGGGAGAUGAAAAAGUUGAUGUGGUCGUUGUGUACAACAAAGAUUGCAGCUACUCAAUGCAGAUUGCCGGGCAGGUGUACACCGUGACCGGAGAGGUGGAGAUGGAAGGCGGAGCAUCUUUCCUCCGCUGUUCCGUCAACGGCGUGAAGUCUCGACCCAAACUGGUGAUCCUGGACAACACGGUGCACCUGUUCUCCAUGGAGGGCAGCGCCCAGGUGUCGGCUCCAGUGCCCAAGUAUCUGGCUGGUGUGAGCGGUGCCGGCUCUCAAGGUGGAGCAGUGGCCCCCAUGACGGGAACCAUAGAGAAGGUGAUGGUGAAGGCCGGAGACACGGUGGCCGUAGGAGACCCUCUGAUGGUCAUGAUUGCCAUGAAGAUGGAGCAUACGAUCCGGGCGCCCAAGGCGGGUGUGAUCAAGAGGGUUUUCUUCAGCGAGGGCUCUCAGGCGAACCGACACGCUCCUCUGGUCGAACUGGAGAAGGAGGAGGGGGAGGAGGAGGAGGGGAGCAGCCAGUAAACAGAGUCAAACACACAACCACACCCAUGAAUACACUGACGGGUCGGAGCCGAACGUGAGUCCAUCUGAGUCCAUCACUCGGUACCGGAGUGAUCUGCUGGGAGACGUGGGAUUCAGUCUGGAGACAAAUCCGAUGUGCAUUUCGGAAGGUCAGGAACAUUUCUCUGGCCUAAUGUGUUCCUGCAUCUGACCUGUAUGUUCAGUUUCCUUUCACACAUCACAAUAUUAACUUUAUGCCGAUUGUGGAACUUUAGUUUUUUUUCCUGCACUUAGUUCUUGUGAGUUUCUGUUUUGAAUCGGUGGCCCCUCCCCUCUGUUUGGGUCAGUGGCGGCACAUCUGGAGCAGAAGAUAAUUAAUUGGAAUAGCGUGUGUGAAAUCAGAUGAAAUACUUGCAGAAUUAUGUUACUGAUUACUGAGAAUGGAAAGCGUGACAUUGAAAUGACCUUAACAGAUGUACAGUGUACUGAGUGAAUACUAUCAACUUGUAAUGUUUGAUAACGGGUGGGUCCCGGGGGGGCGGGGGCUGGGGCUGUAAAGUUAUUGCCACUGUCCAGUAGAACAUCUGUUAUUCCUCUUUAAUUUUCUCAUGCUCCUAUCAUCAUGACAAAGCCAUCCAACCACUUCUGUUUCUUAUUCAUCAAGAAAUGUGUUUGGAACUUUCUAGGAAGAAAGAGGCUCGAUGUUCAUGAAUCUUUGGUGUGAGUAAAUCUUGUCUAGAGGGGGUAUUGAUGUCUGUUUUUUAAAAUACACAUUCGGCCCUUCCAGACACUCCGAACUCUUCACCCCUGAAGUGUGGGUGUGCGCCCUUGAGAAUAAAGCAGAGGUCUGUUGUUGUCGAGGAGCAUAAAGGCCUUUAGCGUAGGGAGGCAGGAAAACCCUCCAGUCCACAAUGAUCCAAUGACUUCCAACUGCUGUGACCGAAUUUGCCUCGGAUAUGAAAAUGACCCGUAACUGAUGCAUUGUGGGUCUCAGAGGGCUUUAAACAGACGGUUUGUUUCUUUGUAAAUUGUGCGCCAGUCCAAGUGAACCUGACCCGGUUCUGAUUCUCUUUUUACUAACUGGUGUUACGAGGUCGUGUAAACUAAAACGGACUAAAACCUGUGUUUAUUUUGUAGACGUGACAGAUUAAAAAAAUAAAAUUAAAAGUAUUGACUGGUUG